AUGGCGAGGUGGAGGGGUCACCCGUCCGUCAAGGGCAGUUCGGAGAUGAUGAGGAUGGUUUUGCUAUGCUUCUCUGCCAUUGGAAUCACAUUUACGUGGGGAUAUGAAAUGACCUACUGCACGCCAUACCUCCUCAAUCUAGGCCUCACCAAGAGCAGCACCUCCCUCGUCUGGAUCGCAGGUCCGAUCUCCGGCCUCAUCGUUCAACCCAUCAUCGGGACCAUCGCCGACCAGUCCACGUCCAAGUGGGGCCGCCGGCGCCCGCUCAUGGUCAUCGGCUCGGCUAUCACAGCGUUUCACAUCCUCCUCCUAGGCUUCACAAGGGAGAUUGUUGGGGUUUUCUUAGCAGAGUCAGAGUUCGCGAGUCGGUUGACGAUUUGGCUAGCUGUUUACUCGAUUUGGGUGAUUGACUUUGCGAUUAACGCUUCUAUGUCCUGCUCGAGGAGCCUGGUCGUCGAUAUUCUCCCUAUCCACAAGCAGCAAGCCGGUGCUGCAUGGUACAGCAGGCUUGCGGCUUUUGGCCACCUUUUGAGCUACGGCAUCGGAUCUGUCGACCUUGUCACCACCUUCGGCACCAGGUUCGGCGACUCGCAAUUCAAGCAACUUGCCCUCAUCUCCAUCUCUGCCGUACUCUCCACCUGCGCGUUGACGUGCUGGGCGGUUACCGAGAAGGUUCUCAUAGCAAGCGGAGAUAAGGAAAAGGGCAAUGACGAGGGCAGUGUAGCGGCGGCAGUCCGGACGAUUUGGACCACCCUCCGCCAUCUGCCACCGAGAGUGCAGGCGAUCUGCUGGGCGCACUUUUGGUCAUGGAUCGGCUGGUUCCCGUUCAAUUUCUACGGGACCACUUGGGUCGGCGAGACGUAUUUCCGCUACGACCUCACCGUAGAGGAACGCGCAUCCCGAGACCCUCUCAGCGAGAUUGGCAGGAUCGGUAGCUCGUCCCUCGUCAUCUACUCUCUCAUCACCUUUGCGAGCUCCUUUAUCCUGCCCUUGUUUAUCAGCUCCCCACAAGACACGGACUUUACCCCUCGUCCGCCAAGGCACCUCGCUGGGGUCCUUAAUCGUCUCGAGGCGCUGAAGCCCGACCUUUUGACGGCGUGGAUUCUAGGUCACCUAGGGUUCUCUGCUGCCAUGUCCAUGGCGCCGUUUGCGACGAGCUACAAGUUUGCUACCGUCCUCGUUGCCUCGUGUGGAAUUCCUUGGGCCAUGACGCAAUGGGCACCGCCAACGUUCCUCGGCAUCGAGGUCAACCGUCUCAGCGGCAACUCCGAUAUAUUACCCAUGACACAUCACCACCGUCACCCGUCAGGGUCGAAGAGCCCUACGCCCUCCCCCGGAACCUUCUCCCCAGCGGACGCACCAUCAGCAUCACGACCGAUGCUUUCCCCAUUGCCAUCUCAGGCCAACUCCCACAACCCCUCACACACAAACUCAUACGCUUCAGCGUCGUCGUCCUCAUCAUCACCAACACCGCGCACCUCUGCAUCGGGCGAGCUCUCGGGCAUUUACUUUGGCAUUCUCAACAUCUACACAACGAUUCCGCAAUUUAUGGGCGCCGUCAUGUCGGGCAUCGUCUUUGCGCUCAUGGAGCCUGGUAAGAGCGAGGAGUCGACGGAGUCUAUUGAUCAGCCGGAUAUGGAGGGGUUCAAUGCCAUUUCGGUGUGUUUGUUUAUUGGAGCUAUGACGACGUUGGUUUCAGCCUACAUGACGAGUAGAUUGAGGCAUGUGAAGUAA